AUGUCCAUGAAAUUUUUCGCGGGUUUACAAGAUUUCUUGGGUUUGCAUGAUACGUCAUCAUCAAACAAUGAACAGCAGCAACAGCAGGAACAACAGCUAGUAUCAUCUGCUUCAACAACAGCAACAACACCACCAGCAGUAGUAGUAGGAGCAGCAACAACUUCUUCAUUAUUAUCAUCACCUUCAGUAUUGUCAGCUAAUUUGAACUCCAUUGAAAGCGAAAGAAAUUCGGUGAAAUAUAUUUCUGAUAUUAGUAAUAAUUGCACCGUCGUCCAGAAAGAACAACAACUUCAAAAAAUAACACUGGACGAUUCGAAAGAAAUCACAGAUGCAGAAGAAAAGAUACAGCAUUGUUCUCAUAGACGAAAUGUUCAUUUUCCGGAUGUUAUUGUAACGGAUUUCUACGAUGCACCGACAAAUGUCUUCACUAAUAAGAAUGCAAAUGACACCAGUGCCAUUAGUCUUUCCUACCUAAAUGCUUGCAGACGUUUGAGAAUCGAUCCAAUCCAAACUGUGCAAGAACAAAUAGCCUGUUUUCAUCAAGUGGUCGGUGUACGGCAAGAAUGUCUCUCUUUAAAGGGUCAUCGUUUAUCUUCUGCUGAUAUGGAAUGUUUGGAAGAAAUUUUCAAUAAAGUCCAGUUUGACAUGCUUGAUUUCGAAUAUACCUUUUUAGAUGAUGAUAGUGCUGUUUGCCUUGGUGAGAUGCUUGAAUUUUAUGACUCUGCAGUGAAAUUAAAUUUAUCGUUCAAUAAGCAAAUCAAUUUGCGCGGUUGGCAAGCCAUAUGUAAAGCUGUAAGGGAUGCACCUUCUAUGCAAUAUUUAAAUUUGCGCUACACAUCCUUAUCUGAUCGUGCCGUACCAGUAUUGGCUCGAGCUUUACGUUCCCAGUCAUCGUUAACUAUUCUACAUUUGGAAAAUGUUUCUCUUUCUGGGCGAAACUUGAUUUUAGUCGGAUGUGCACUAAAGGGAAAUACGAUGCUGCGAGAGCUUUAUUUGGGUGAGAAUAAUUUACAGCCUGCAGAUGGUGCUCAUAUUUAUCAAAUUAUCAUCACCAGUGUAUCAAUUCAACUGCUUGACCUACGGAACAAUCAGUUGCAGGAUGGUGGUUUACGUCAUAUUUGUGACGCACUGAGGCACCGUGAAACAACGAAAAGUAGUUCGUUAUCAGCACUGGUACUGUGGAAUAAUAGAUUAACAAGUAGUGGAAUGGAAGCAUUGGCGCAAGCAUUGAUAGAGAAUAGUAAAUUGGAAACUCUGAAUAUUGGUAAUAACAGUCUGUUAUUGGAAGGUAUUGUUAAGUUGAAGCCAGCAUUACAAAAGAAUUGUAGUUUGCAGAGGCUUGGCUUGCAGGCGACAAAUCUUGACUGUCAAAGUGCAAUUGUGUUGGCAGAAUGUUUAGCCGAUAAUAAAGUAAUGAUACGGCUAGAUUUACGAGAUAAUCCCCAUAUUGGAUCGGCUGGCUUAUUGGCACUUCAUCUCGCAAUGAAAAUGAAUACUUCACUAACAGUUCUGAAUUUGGAUAUAUCGGUUGCCCAAUCCAGUAGCUUAAAGGUUAAAGAAUAUCAGGAGCAGUUUGAAGUUUAUUAUGAUGAAAUUAAAAUGUUUUGCGAACGAAAUAAAGAAAUUGCACUUAAAAAGCUUUCGGUCCUUACAACAGUCGAAGACGAUACCGCUGCAACUGAUGUAACACAUAGCGAAGAGAAUACGGAAAUGAAGAAGGAUGAAGAGAAAGAAGAUAAAGAAGAAAAACAGAAAACAAAAAUGACAAGAAAUGGACAAAUUGAUAAUUUAGAGGUUACCCAACGAAAAAUAGCCACAACAUCAAAGAGUCCGAUUUGGUUAUUAGGUCGAUCUUCAUCUUUAACAUGCACCGAGACUGUCCAUGAUAUCUCAGAACGUGUUGCGCAGAUGACUCAUCAUUCAUUAGCACUCAUUGAGAAAAUUCCGGACAGCAUCACUACUAUCAAAAAACAAUCAGAUGAAAGUCACCCUGCAUUGUUUACGAAAAGCGAAUUGUCAAAAUGUCCAUCUCUUCCUACAAUAGCUCCCGGUGACUAUCUUGAAGCUGGAGUAAAUACACCGGUAAAAAAAAUAUCACGGCGCUUUACAGUUUCAACGUCAAGUUUGAAUGAAACAAAUCCGCGAGAUGUCGCUCGAAUAAAGUCAAGAUUUAAGGUGGAACAGGUGGGUCAUUCGAUUCAAAAAACGGCAAAAGCUAAAUCAGAUGAUUGUAUUUCACUACAGCGAUCACUCAGCGAAAGUUCUGGGGUGGAUAGACGGGGACCCGAAUUUUUGAAUAGAGAAGAUGCAACCCUAGAAGUCGAAAAUUUUAUAGCUGAAAAAUCAAAAGAGUCAGAAAGUUCUGGAUUUUCUAGUAUCGAUGAAUUAUCAGGAAGCUUUGAAUUUCAAAAUGGUGAGAAGAGCAUAAAAUGCACAUUAUCUGAAGAUGUUCAAGAAAAAGAUGAAAGCUGUGAUACGAGAAAUGCGAUUAAUUCUCAUGAAGAAAUUACAGUUCAGAAAAACGAAUCUGACGAAGAUCUUCAGUCUAAUUCUGUGCAAUUCACUGCUGUCGUUACUUUACAACGUGGACCAGAUACGCCACCAAUACAGGACUAUUUUGAUGAUGCUACAUUUGUGGUUAAAUUCACGGAUAAUAUUGCGCUAAAACUUGACGUUGAGAAAUGCUCUAAUUGUGAACAAGCUAUUAGUGUAAAUCAUCCGAUAGAACAGUUACAACAGAGAGAAAAGAAUUAUGAAAAAAGUAUAACAGUGCAAUCUGAAACAUCUCUGUCCAGUUGUUCUGUAAUAGAGGAUGAUUCUACAGAUACGAGUGUAAUAAAGGAAGUAGUUCGAGAUGUAAUUAAUUACGUUGUUUAUGAGAUAAGUGACGAUGAUUCAUUUUACUACCGAAAGAUUUCAUUUGGUACUACAAGCGGCAGCAAUGAAAGCUCACCAUCAGUUCAUUCGUCGUCAGCUAUUUCUAGAAGUUCAUCAAGCUUUACAUUGAAUCCAUCACAUGAUGCAGAAACGGAUGAUGAUGUUAUACGUAAUGUAGUACGUGGUUUGGUGCGAGAUAUAUUGUUGCAGGAGAAAGAAUUACUGAGGCGAAGUUUAAGGAAGAAACGGCGACAUCUUGUUACAAUGCCUAAAAUGGAUCAUAGAUCGAGUAGCUGA